AUGCACCGUGCUUGGAACAGAUCAGAUGUGCACAGCACAGUAGCUGCCUGUCACAGCUCCCUCGCAACGGAACCUGGCGGACAGGACAAAUGGCAGCGGCUCUGUCCCGCGCCCUCAAACUGCCCGGGAAGAAGGGCUCCGAGCUGGGGGAGUACGACCCCCUCACCCAAGCGGACAGCGAAGAUGAGAGCGAAGAAGACGACCUGGUGCUCAACUAUCCGCGGAAUGGCCUCAGCCGGGACAGCUGCCUGGCGUCCGGCUCCGCCAGCCUGCGUGGAGGAAGAUCCCGCCGAAUUGUGGGUGCCACUGACGACGUGCAGGAGGAGGAUGAGGAAGAUGAGGAUGAGUGGAUGGAGAGGCUCCCCAAGAGGCAAGACAGAGACAACGUCAAAGCCUCCCAGUACUGGAGCCACAGGGACUCGGCUCGGGAAAAGAUGGGGGUCGACGUGGGGCCGGCGGGAAGCUCUGCAUCAGGCAUUCGUGACACAGACGACAAAAGAGGAAGGAGCAAACACGCUGUCCGGAGUGCGUUUUUCCUGGUGCCUCUGUUCUGCGCCACAUCGCUAGUGUUGCUGUGUGCUUUCCUGAUUCCCUGCCAGAAGCGAGAGCUGCAGAAAAAGCUUCAGUGGGAGAAAGCGCUGGGGGAUGCAGGAGGCGUCACUCCCCCCCCACUGGCAUUAUGGGACGUUGAUGGAGAUUCAAUGCAGGAUGUGCUCCUGGGCGUAACAUCCAGAUCCAAUGACACGCGCUCAACUCCAGGAAACAAAGUUUUCAGCGUGGUGGCCGCUUCUGCAGUCGGCGGUCUGGAGCUGUGGAGGAAGUCCAUGCGGGAAUCGGUCAUGUGGAUCCAGUGCGGGCUGCAGCUCAGCGGCGAGCCGUCAUGGCCGGUGUGCUUACUUGUGGGAAAGUCCACCAUCAUGGCAGUCAAUGGCACCACAGGAAAGAAGCUGUGGUUGGUGCCGCUGAAGAACAUUGAAUCUCAGGCCGUGCUGCUCCCGGACCUUCAGGGGGACUCAGUCCCGGAUCUGCUUGUGGCCACCCUGCCCACAGAUGAGGCUUUAGAUUUGUCUUUGACUUUAAUUUCUGGACUCACCGGAGCGAAGCUCGGACAUCCCGUCCCCUUCAACCUGACAGGACAGGGAAAACUGAUCGGUCCGUUGCUGCACGAAACCCAGAAAGGAGCUUACUGCAUCCUGUUUGGAAUCGGUAAUGUUCAGGCCAUCUUCUUGUGGGACCUCUACAUUCGAGCCACUGGAGAAAUGCCGCUGACUCAGAAGCUUAGGAGGAGGGAUCCAAAAUGGGAGGGGCUUAAAAAAAACAACUCUUCCUCUCUCAUGCACAUCUACAGUGGAUCUGAGAGCGUGGAGUUCCUGCUGCCUCUUUUGGCAGGUUUUGGCAACAAGCGCUACAGCCUGGACACGGUUUCCAACCUGAACUCCUCCAGAAGUGACUGGGUGUUGGUGUAUGGAGCCAGCAAGCUGUCUGUGCUCAGGCAGAAAGAUCUGCACAAAGAAUGGACCUUCAGUUCGCCUCCAAUCCACAGUCAGCCAGCUGUGGGACACUUCAAUGAUGACGGAGUCCUGGAUCUUUUCAUUCAGCAUUCAGCAAAUGGUAUCAUGAAGACGCUCAUCGUUAAUGGUUCGAACGGUCACCUCUUGUGGGCAGCAGAGUUUGUGUGUCCCCGUCUCGUUUUGGACACGUCAGUGGUCUCCACCUCAACGGGCCAAUCAGCCUUCCUGUUCUGGGCCAGCGAGCCAAUCACAGCGCAGAGAAAUGCGACCAAGAGUACGACUGCACCAGGGGUUUCAGCAGCAGAGCCGCUCAUCCGGAAACUUUUCCUGAUGCAUCCCGCUUAUCCCAGCGUCCUGCUGGAGCUCAGCUCUACCACAGACACAGCGGUCACAUCUGCAGUGAGUUACCAGGAGCAUCCGAAAGACGUCACCUACUUCACCGUGUCGUCUCGGCCCACACCUGACUCUGAUCCCAGCGCGCAGAUCCUCAAGAGCAUGAGCCUUAAAGCUGCCAUCACCAACAGCAGAAUUGUCUGGUUGGGGAACAGCACCAAGCCAGGAGCAGCUGCUAAACCGGGAGCCUUUGAAAUCAACACAUUCUUUAGGCGACUGACCUUCAAGCCUUAGCAAUGUGAGCUGGUUUUAGGAAAUCCAGAGCUGAACAAGUGCGAGGAAUCAUGGACAAAAAGGGCAGAAGUGACCAACUGAAAAGACAUUUCCAACUAAUAUGAAGAUAUUGACAGUCUGUUAUGGUCCCUAUGCUUGUUUUUUUUUUAAGUUAAUUUUAUGUUUUUGAAAUGUAAUUGUUGUUUAGUAAGCAGUAGUUUCACUUUAAUAUUACUUUACCUUUCCCAGUAGUUUUUUAGAGACAGUAAAGCAUAAACAAUAAUUGUUCAAGAACAAGGAAAUGUGUUUCAGUUUUACACAUAGCUCUUCCAAGACCACAUUAUGUUAGAAACAGAACUGAUUGUUUUCUUUCUGUUCAUAGUCUGUAAAUAUUUGAUGCUGUACAGUAUUUAUUGCCUUAAUGCACUUUUAUGUUUAAUUUGAUAAUGUAAAUAAUCCUGUAUUGUUUACCAUAAGCUGGAACGGAACAUAAAAAAAGUUUAAAGCAUUUUA